GUGGGCGGGCUCGCGUUCGGUCGCGGACGCGUGCGCGCAGCGGCUUCGGCCGAGCAGUUUCGGCAGCUAUUGUGAAACUAGGUUUUGGGUUCAGCCCUGGCGGGGACAUGCUGUGUCGGCUUGGCGGUAUUGGGCUGCGGCCGCUGCUUGCCCUGCAGCUCGGGGCCUGGGGCCCUCAACGUGCCCCCGCCCCAGCUGGCGGCGCUAAGCGCUCCGCUUUGCCACUGCGGGCUGUGGGUUCCGUCUCGGCAGUUAGCCCGGGCGGCGCGGGCGGCUGGUACGAGGCCCUGGCCACAUCGGCGCCUGUGCAGGGCGCGGAGGAGCUGCUGCUCGGCGCGCACACCGCCAUGGGCCUGCCGUGGUGGGGCAGUAUCCUCCUCACCACCGUGGCCCUGCGAGGCUCCAUCACGCUGCCCUUGGCGGCCUACCAGCACUACAUUCUGGCCAAGGUGGAAAAUUUGCAGCCAGAAAUAAAAAACAUUGCCAGGCAUCUUAACCAAGAAGUUGCAAUUCGUGCAAAUCAGUUGGGGUGGUCCAAAAGAGUUGCCAGGCUCACUUAUCUGAAGAAUAUGCGGAGGCUUGUUUCAGAGCUGUAUGUACGGGAUAACUGCCACCCUUUCAAAGCCACAGUGCUGGUGUGGAUUCAGCUUCCAAUGUGGAUCUUCAUGUCUGUUGCUCUGAGGAAUUUUAGCACAGGGACAGCACAUGCAGGAGCAGGUUUUUCUGUUCAGGAGCAGUUAGCUUCUGGCGGGGUCCUGUGGUUUCCUGACCUCACUGCACUGGAUUCUACGUGGAUUCUGCCUGUCUCCCUUGGUGUCACCAAUUUAUUAAUAGUAGAGAUUUUUGCUCUGCAGAAAAUUGGAAUGUCUCGUUUUCAGAUGUAUAUGACAUACUUUAUGCGGGCGGUGUCAGUGUUAAUGAUUCCAAUUGCUGCAACAGUACCGUCAUCGAUUGUUCUCUACUGGCUUUGCUCCAGCUUCAUGGGCCUGUCACAGAACUUGCUGCUGCGUUCUCCUAGGUUUCGCCAACUUUGCCGAAUACCAGUGACGAAGGGAGAGUCAGACACUCCUUAUAAGGACCUCUUUGCUGCCUUUUACUCCAAGUUCAUUUCAAGAAAAUGACAUACUUUUCAGUGAUUUUGAAACAGAAGUGUCACACCACCUUAAUAUAUUUAAAAGAUUUAGAAAUUCA